AGACAGCGUGGUACCUCUCUGUUCAGGCAUAGCUUUGGGCAGCCUCACCCUUUUCUGGGGCUUCCGUGCGGCAGGAGGGCUCCGUUAGUGGCCUCCAAGAUGGCGACGCUGUUGGCGGUAAAUUCGGCUGCUAGUCUGUGGGGUCCGUACAAAGACAUUUGGCAAACAGUGGGAAAUGCUCUUUGGAGAAGACAACCUGAAGCUGUCCACCUUCUUGACAUGAUCUUGAAGAAACACAAACCUGACUUCAUCUCACUGUUCAGAAACCCACCAAAAAAUGUCCAACAACACGAAAAGGUUCAGAAAGCCAGUACAGAGGGAGUCGCCAUCCAGGGUCAACAGGGGACCCGACUUCUUCCUGAACAGCUCAUUAAAGAAGCCUUUAUCCUUAGUGACCUUUUUGAUAUUGGAGAAUUGGCAGCUGUUGAGCUUCUCCUCGCCGGAGAGCACCAACAGCCCCAUUUUCCUGGUCUCACCAGAGGACUAGUAGCUGUUCUUUUAUACUGGGAUGGAAAGCGGUGCAUUGCAAAUUCCCUGAAAGCCUUGAUACAGUCUAGACGAGGAAAGACGUGGACCCUUGAACUCAGUCCAGAGCUGGUUUCCAUGACAACGCGCUUUACAGAUGAACUGAUGGAGCAAGGAUUGACUUAUAAAGUGCUUACUCUGGUGUCACAGAUUGAUGUGAACAAUGAGUUUGAGAAGCUACAGCGGGAGAGAGGUUUGGGCAGUGAAAAACAUCGAAAAGAGGUUUCUGAUCUUAUCAAGGAGUGCAGGCAGUCUCUGGCAGAAAGCCUUUUUGCCUGGGCUUGUCAGUCACCUUUAGGCAAAGAUGACACACUGCUUCUUAUCGGACAUUUGGAAAAAGUGACAGUUGAGGCUAAUGGUUCGUUGGAUGCAGUGAAUCUGGCUCUUCUUAUGGCGCUUCUGUACUGCUUUGAUAUCAGUUUUAUAGAACAAAGCACAGAGGAGCGAGAUGAUAUGAUUCAUCAGCUUCCGCUAUUGACAGAAAGACAAUACAUUGCAACAAUUCAUUCCCGCCUUCAGGACUCACAGCUUUGGAAACUGCCUGGGCUGCAAGCCACGGUUCGACUUGCCUGGGCAUUGGCACUGAGAGGAAUAUCUCAGCUACCUGAUGUGACAGCUCUGGCUGAAUUCACAGAAGCAGAUGAAGCAAUGGCAGAGCUUGCAAUUGCUGACAAUGUUUUCCUGUUUCUCACUGAAUCCGUGGUGGUGUCAGAAAACUUCUAUCAGGAGGAAUUUUAUAUUCGUAGAAUCCAUAAUCUCAUCACAGAUUUCCUUGCACUUAUGCCAAUGAAGGUAAAACAGUUGAGGAAUCGGGCAGAUGAAGAUGCUCGAAUGAUUCACAUGAGUAUGCAGAUGGGUAAUGAACCUCCCAUUUCACUUAGAAGGGAUCUGGAACACUUAAUGCUCUUGAUUGGUGAGCUAUAUAAAAAGAACCCUUUUAAUCUGGAGCUUGCUCUGGAAUAUUGGUGUCCCUCAGAGCCUCUUCAGACUUCCACUAUCAUAGGUUCUUACCUUGGGGUGGCUCAUCAGCGACCCCCUCAACGCCAGGUCGUCUUGUCAAAGUUUGUUAGGCAAAUGGGUGACCUGUUGCCUCCAACGAUUUACAUUCCUUAUUUGAAAAUGCUCCAAGGAUUAGCCAAUGGGCCCCAGUGCGCCCACUACUGUUUCAGCCUGCUUAAAGUCAAUGGUAGUAGUCACGUUGAAAAUAUUCAGGGAACAGGUGGCAGUCCUGUUUCCUGGGAACAUUUCUUUCACUCCUUAAUGCUUUACCAUGAGCAUCUCCGGAAGGAUCUUCCAAGUGCAGAUAGUGUCCAGUACCGUCACCUUCCUUCACGUGGCAUCACCCAGAAGGAGCAGGAUGGACUCAUUGCCUUUUUACAGCUCACAUCCACCAUCAUUACUUGGAGUGAAAAUGCUCGUCUGGCACUCUGUGAGCAUCCUCAGUGGACCCCGGUUGUGGUGAUCCUGGGACUCCUGCAAUGUAGCAUUCCCCCUGUUCUAAAAGCAGAGCUGCUCAAGACCCUUGCAGCUUUUGGAAAAUCUCCUGAAAUUGCUGCUUCCCUCUGGCAGUCGUUGGAAUACACUCAGAUACUGCAGACCGUAAGGGUUCCAAGCCAGAGGCAAGCGAUUGGUAUCGAGGUUGAACUAAAUGAAAUAGAAUCCCGGUGUGAAGAAUACCCGUUGACUCGGGCCUUUUGCCAGCUUAUUAGUACCUUGGUGGAGAGCUCAUUUCCUUCUAAUUUAGGUGCUGGCCUGAGGCCCCCUGGCUUUGACCCUUAUUUGCAGUUCCUCAGAGAUUCUGUGUUUCUCCGAUUCCGCACAAGAGCUUACCGGAGAGCAGCUGAAAAGUGGGAAGUUGCUGAGGUUGUUUUGGAAGUGUUUUAUAAAUUGCUCAGAGAUUAUGAGCCUCAACUUGAAGAUUUUGUAGACCAGUUUGUGGAAUUACAAGGAGAAGAAAUCAUAGCCUACAAACCACCAGGAUUUAGUCUGAUGUAUCAUCUUCUGAAUGAGUCACCAACGUUGGAGCUUGCUCUUAGUUUGCUGGAGGAAGGCGUUAAGCAGCUGGAUACCUAUGCCCCUUUCCCUGGGAAGAAGCAUCUGGAGAAAGCAGUGCAGCACUGCCUUGCCCUUCUCAAUCUUACUCUGCAAAAGGAAAAUCUCUUUAUGGAUCUUCUAAGAGAGAGUCAGCUAGCUCUAAUAGUCUCUCCUUUAGAACAGCUAUUACAGGGAAUCAAUCCCAGAACUAAGAAGGCCGAUAAUGUGGUGAAUAUUGCCAGAUACCUAUAUCAUGGCAAUACUAAUCCCGAAUUGGCUUUUGAAAGUGCCAAGAUCCUCUGCUGUAUCUCUUGUAACUCCAAUAUUCAGAUAAAAUUGGUUGGAGAUUUCACACAUGACCAGAGUGUAAGUCAGAAGUUGAUGGCUGGAUUUGUGGAAUGUUUGGAUAGUGAAGACACAGAAGAAUUUGUACGUCUAGAAGAGGGAUCAGAACUUGAGAAGAAACUAGCUGGAAUCCGUCAGGAAACAAGAAUCCACAUCUUGAAUCUUCUCAUAACCUCUCUGGAGCGCAAUCCACCCAAUCUUGCUCUCUACUUGUUGGGCUUUGAAUUGAAGAAGCCUGUCAGUACCACAAACCUACAGGAUCCAGGAGUCUUAGGUUGCCCUCGAACAUGCCUUCAUGCCAUUUUAAACAUCUUGGAGAAAGGAACUGAAGGGAGAACAGGUCCAGUGGCAGUGAGAGAAUCUCCUCAACUCGCUGAGCUAUGUUACCAGGUGAUAUAUCAGUUGUGUGCGUGCUCUGAUACAUCUGGUCCUACUAUGAGGUACUUGAGAACCAGCCAGGAUUUCUUAUUUUCACAGUUGCAACAUUUACCUUUUUCUAACAAAGAGUAUGAAAUGUCUAUGCUGAACCAGAUGUCAUGGCUAAUGAAGACUGCCUCAAUAGAACUACGGGUAACUUCUCUGAAUCGUCAGCGGUCACAUACCCAGAGGCUCCUACAUCUCUUACUGGACGACAUGCCUGUGAGACCGUACUCAGAUGGUGAAGGAGGAAUAGAAGAUGAAAAUAGGUCUGUCUCUGGGUUCCUUCACUUUGACACUGCUACAAAAGUACGUCGAAAGAUUCUAAGCAUUCUUGACUCGAUUGACUUCAGUCAGGAGAUCCCUGAGCCUUUGCAGUUGGAUUUCUUUGAUCGGGCCCAGAUCGAGCAAGUUAUUGCUAACUGUGAACACAAGAAUUUACGGGGACAGACAGUCUGCAACGUCAAGCUUCUUCAUAGAGUCCUUGUAGCUGAAGUAAAUGCCCUCCAGGGUAUGGCAGCCAUAGGACAGAGACCUCUCCUGAUGGAGGAAAUCAGCACUAUACUUCAGUAUGUGGUAGGAAGAAACAAGCUGCUGCAGUGUCUUCAUGCAAAACGGCACGUGCUGGAGUCAUGGAGGCAGCUGGUGGAGAUUAUACUGACAGCUUGUCCCCAGGACCUCAUUCAGGCAGAGGAUCGGCAACUGAUUAUCCGUGAUAUCUUACAAGAUGUGCAUGAUAAGAUACUAGAUGAUGAAGCAGCGCAGGAGUUAAUGCCAGUGGUAGCAGGUGCUGUGUUCACCUUGACUGCUCACCUAAGCCAAGCCGUUCGCACUGAACAGAAGCAACCAUUAGUCUUGGGACCCGGAGAGACCCAUUACGCUCUUAUGCUCGAUAGCUCGUUCGCGUCACCUUCUUCAGCAGAGAACCCGGUGGUGGGAUUUGCUUCUAUUGGAGACUCUUCGCUUCACAUCAUAUUGAAGAAACUGUUAGACUUCAUUUUGAAGACAGGUGGCGGAUUCCAGCGAGUGAGGACACACCUGUACGGCUCUUUGUUGUAUUACUUACAGAUCGCCCAGAGACCAGAUGAACCAGACACAUUAGAAGCAGCCAAGAAAACCAUGUGGGAAAGGCUGACAGCCCCUGAAGAUGUAUUUAGUAAAUUACAACGAGAAAACAUAGCCAUCAUUGAGAGCUACGGUGCUGCCCUCAUGGAAGUGGUCUGUCGAGAUGCUUGUGAUGGCCAUGAGAUUGGAAGGAUGCUGGCACUGGCUCUACUUGAUCGGAUCGUCUCCGUAGAUAAACAGCAGCAGUGGCUCUUGUAUCUUUCUAACAGUGGCUACUUGAAGGUGCUCGUGGACAGCUUGGUAGAAGAUGACCAUACUUUGCAGAGCUUAUUAACGCCACAACCUCCCCUCUUAAAAGCCCUUUAUACUUACGAAUCCAAAAUGGCAUUUCUUACAAGAGUGGCCAAGAUACAGCAGGGCGCUUUAGAGCUGCUGAGGUCUGGGGUGAUAGUGCGACUGGCGCAGUGCCAGGUCUAUGACAUGCGCCCAGAGAUGGACCCGCAGGGCAUGUUUGGCAUGAGAGACCCGCCAGUUUUCAUCCCUGCCCCCGUGGACCGCUACCGGCAGAUUCUGCUCCCGGCUCUCCGCUUGUGCCAGGUCAUCCUCACGUCCAGCACGGCCCAGCACUUGCAGGCAGCAGGCCAGGUGUUGCAGUUUCUCAUUUCGCAUUCUGAUACCAUCCAAGCAAUCCUGCGCUGCCAGGACGUGAGCGCUGGGUCCCUGCAGGAACUGGCUCUACUGACAGGAAUUAUAAGUAAAGCCGCACUUCCUGGUAUAUUAAGUGAACUUGAUAUUGAUGCAAAUGAAGGAUCUCUAAUGGAGCUACAGGGACAUAUUGGAAGAUUCCAGCGCCAGUGCUUAGGACUCCUGAGCCGCUUUGGGGGCUCUGACAGACUGCGUCAGUUUAAAUUUCAAGAUGAUAAUGUGGAGGGAGAUAGAGUGAGCAAGAAAGAUGAGCUUGAACUGGCCAUGCAGCAGAUCUGUGCCAAUGUCAUGGAAUAUUGCCAGUCACUCCUGUUACAGAGCUCCCCCACCUUUCAGCAUGCUAUGUGCCUCUUCACCCCGAGCCUGUCAGAAACCAUUAAUAGAGAUGGACCCCGGCAAGAUACUCAAGCUCCAGUGAUUCCAUAUUGGCGCCUGCCCGGUUUGGGCAUUAUUGUCUACCUGCUGAAACAGAGCGCUAAUGACUUCUUCAGCUAUUACGACAGUCAUCGACGGAGUGUCAACAAACUUCAGAAUGUAGAGCAACUUCCACCUGAUGAGAUAAAAGAGUUAUGUCAGUCUGUGAUGCCUGUUGGUGUUGAGAAAAUCUCCACUGCCCAGAAAUAUGUCCUAGCAAGACGGCGUUUGGUGAAGUUGAUCAACAAUCGAGCCAAACUACUUUCCCUUUGUUCUUUUAUCAUAGAGACCUGCCUAUUUAUUCUUUGGCGCCAUCUGGAGUACUACUUGUUACAUUGCACGCCCACCGAUUCUCAGGAUUCCCUGUUUGCCUCCAGAACCUUAUUUAAAAGCAGAAGACUACAAGAUUCCUUCGCUUCAGAAACCAACCUGGAUUUCAGAAGUGGUCUGACUGCAGUGAGCCAACAUGACAUAGACCAGCUUCAGGCUGACGCCAUCAACGCUUUUGGAGAAUCACUACAAAAGAAACUUCUGGACAUUGAAGGAUUAUACUCGAAAGUUCGAUCUCGCUAUAGUUUCAUACAAGCUCUUGUCAGACGUAUCCGAGGCCUGCUGAGGAUAUCAAGGAACUAAGAGCCCGUGCUUAUACUCUUCUAGGGAAGAGAAGAAUUGGGGAAAACUGUCCCCUUUUUAUGGACUAGUUUGUUUCUAAAUUAUGACCAAAAAAUAUUUUGCUAUUUCUUUCUUUAUAUAUGGACAUCUUUUCUGUAAAUUUCUUUGCCUGGUUCCAACCUCACUAGUAAAAAAUAAAUACUUUUUAAAAAAAGACACAAAACA